CAUACAUGACAUCCACAUCCAUGCCAUCAUUCAAAUCUCCGUCUAUAUAUGCUUCCUUCUCCCUCCUUCCAAUUCCCAAUUUCUCACCCGCAGACUAAAAAUGGGAGAGCAAAAGGUGGAGGUAGCUAAAAAUGAAGGCGAGAAGAAGCCGGCCGUAGAGGCUGCACCCCCGGCGGCGGCCCCGGUGGCCGCCGUGGACGGUGGUGCCAAGAAAGAAGACGGCGGCGGCGCAAUCACCGCCAUUUAUAAAAUCGACAUGCAUUGCGAAGGGUGUGCUAAGAAGAUUAAGCGAGCUGUCCGACAUGUCAAAGAUGUGGAGACUGUGAAGGCGGAUUGUGGAGCGAAUAAGUUGACUGUGAUUGGGAAAAUGGAUGUUAUUGCAGUUAAAGAAAAAUUGGAGCUGAAAACGAAGAAGAAAGUGGAGCUCAUCUCUCCACAGCCUAAGAAGGACGCCGCCGCCGCCGCCGCCGCCGGCGAGAAGAAGGCCGAUGAGAAGAAGCCCGAAGAGAAAAAGGCACCGGAGGAGAAACCUAAAGAGGUAUUAAUAAAUGAUUUUAUGAAUUAUAAUAUUUUUGUGUAAGAAAUUACAUUUUUAUUGGAACCGAUUUCGUUUGGCGAAUUAAAAACCACCCGCAUGGUACCCACGUUUCAGCUGUCUUACUUCUUAAUUCGUCUAUGAAGAACC